AUGUCGUCGUUAAAACGGCUGAUCGACGUUGGCACAGUAUCACAACUGCUCAAAAAGAACAUAAUCAACAAGCAAGGAGUUCGUCUAUUGGACUGCUCGUACGAUCAAUCGUUGGUAGCGAAGAAACCCGACUGGAAGCAGUUUCAGAAAGAAUUUUACGGAAAUUUCAAUAAGCUUCUUGCUGAACCAUGCACGUCGAAGCAACUUUACCUUUCCGGACAUAUCCCGACUGCGUCACAUAUCUGCUUAGGUGUGGCAACAUAUCCUUCGGAAUACGAACGUUACGCGCUAUAUCCACCUGAAAUCUUCCAGGAAUACGUACAAAUCCUGGGAAUCAACGCUGAUGAGCACUUGAUCCUUUACGCUCGAGGAAUACUAGGAGGAAUGCUUCAUGCAGCGAGAAUCGCAUGGCUCUUUAAGACAUAUGGUCAUGAGAAAGUGUCGUUAAUCGACGGCGGGUAUGAUGAGUGGAUAAAACAAGGCCAUGGAAUCACUGAGGACGACGUAAAGCCCAGUCGUGGCACGUGGAAGGCUGUCGAUAAUUUCUCAAAGUAUAACAUCAAAUUCGAGCAGUUAGAAGACGAGCAUGAUGUUACCGGCACACAUAUUCCUGGUUUCAAAAAUUUCCCUGCAACGGAAUUAGUCGAGGAAAAUCUGAUGAGAAGCGAGGACGAAAUCAGAGAGGCUUCAAGUUCACGAAUUCAAACCGAAUCGGCCAACGGUUGUGAUGUGUAA